CCUGCCUUCCAUCACGUUUCCGCCAUUGCUGAUUCCGAAGCAAUCCAUACCACUUCGUGACUGCCUUUCCAUCAUUGCCUCUUUCUCUUGGUCGGCUUGCCUGCUGCUUCCGACUAGGUUACGGAUGCCCGUUGAUUGAUUUAACUGUCGCCCGAUUGAUCCUGCGCGUUCGCGCUUUCUUCCCGACGUUUCGGACGUGGUCGUGGUGGCCCCGCUCCGAUCCGAUUAUCAGCCAUGCCACCUCCAAACACCCCAGAGGAAGGCCUGGCAACAACAGCUUUACGACCCUCAGAUGAGGACAACUUUCGAGUAUCCUCUCCAAGCAGCGCCAUGGCUCAUGCGUCACAAACAACCUGUUCUUCAAAACUCGACUACCAGAACAUCGAGUACAUCGACCCGGUUGACGAAACUCUGCUUUGUCCAGUGUGCAAAACAGCGUUUCACUCGCCGAUUACCACCCCAUGCGGCCACACGUUUUGUGCAGGGUGCAUCAACCGGGCACUAGAGACACAGUCGACGUGCCCAAUCGACCGCCUCCCGGUCGACAAGACCCGGGAUUACGUACGACUGCCCUUGAUCAUCAAGGACCAGCUAGAUCGCCUUCAAGUCAAAUGCCCCAACAGGGGCUGCGACUACCAGUGCUCCCGUGAGCACAUAGAGGGCCAUUACGAGCGUCGUUGCGAGCACACCCCGGUCCAGUGCCCCGACCCGACCUGCUCUCAGCGCGUCCCACGACGGGACGCGGCCCCGGAGAAUGGAUGCAUGCACCAGGAGGUCACGUGCGAGUUUUGCGAAGAAAGGGUAACCUUCGUGGAGAUCAUCUCGCACCAGACCUACGACUGCAGAGGUGCCAUAGUCAAUUGUCCGGACUGCAAGGAACACCUGUCACGCCACUGCCUCGCCAAACACCAGGCACAAGAUUGUCCCGAGAGCAAUACCCAAUGCAAGUGGCACUCUGCAGGUUGCAAGGUGGCAGACAAGCGCCGAGUCGUUCAGGAACAUGAACAGAGCGGGUGCCCCUCUGAGGUUGUGGGCCGUUUGAUGCAGAAGCAGGACGAAGACCGCAAGAUCAUUGACGAGCUUGCGGGGCGGUUAACCAAGUUUGAACUUGCCCAGAGCAAGAAACGCGAGCGGCACACCCAGCGGACCCGAGUUGGUGGAUCGAACGUGGCAAACACCUCCCGCAGCGCCACAGGUGCCAACGUUCCCGGCAUCACGCUCAACAACAAUGCGCCACCGCUAUUCCCGGACUCGACGGACGACGGCGCAGAGGGGGGCUCGCCCGAGGAUUACCUACUCGCGCAAUUCGAGCGGCUAGAGGCGCAGGUGGAGCUCCUCCGGAAGCAGUCUCUGGAGAUGGACGCGCGCCAGUCACACAUCAUCUUGCAGCACGCAACCCAUUUUAGCGAACACCUCACCGAGAUUGGAAACAAGGUUGGAAUCGUCAACAUGCACAUGUCCUGGCUCAUGAGCCUGCAACGCCAGAACGUACAACAACGCGCUGGGUCGACUGCCGGGCCCUCUAACACUGGGAUGUCUCACGGAAACGUCACGAGUGGGGGGGGUAGGCCGCCACCCCCUCGUGAAACUAGCGGUUGGGUGUAUUCGGAGGAGAGUCCGCGGAAUAGUGAGGGGAGGUCGGAGCCUCUACACCGACUUUGAAGUCAUGGAUCAUGGUGUGGAUGAGCAUCGUUGGUUUUUCUCUGUGUCUUGUCUGGGGUAUUCGGUUGUUUUGGAGUUGGCCGGAGGACGGUUGUUGAAGUGAUGAAUACCCUAAGGAGUUCGGCGUCGAUCUACUGUCAUCGCAAAAGGGCUAACGGCGUUACUUGGAAAUGGGGGAAGGGGGGGUGUUCAAGUGGACUGGGCUGGUAUGUCCGCGUCACAUAUUGUGAUAUUACUACACUAGAUGUACCACACGGUGCCUACUAUCGAUUCGGAUUAUUCAACAGGACACUCGAUAUGGAUAGUUAGUUUUAUUUACUUUUGCAAAACA